UGCUGUGGUGGGUAAACUAGCAGAGACAAAACCAAAGUCCACAGUGUUUACCAGGGGGUGCACAAACAAGGAGCCAUUAUAUACAGCCGCCUCUCGUCACACACACCCCCACACACCCCCCCACACACACACACACACACACACACAGGCGCCGGACUGAAACACUGGAGCCGGAGGUUUGCUCCUUGCUACCUGGCGCUGAAAAAUGUUGAGGAAACCUCUGGUGAACAUCUGCCUGCAGCUGAGCCGCCGCCACCGACAUGACGGGACGUGCAGAAGUGCGGCGGGGCCGAGUCCGGACGUCCACCGCCGACAAACAUCCACCGCCAGCAGCGACACCGCGAUGGGCGUCAGCAAGCUGAAAACCAUGGACGACUUAGGCGGACCGAGCUUCGCCACUACGCUGUACUGGCUUUUUAUUAAGGGAUAUUUUCAGACAACGCAGCAAAUGCAGAUCGAGCACAAGAGGAUCUACGGGAGAUUAUGGAAGUCUAAAUACGGCCCUCUGAUUGUGGUGAACGUGGCCAGUGCUGACCUCAUAGAGCAGGUUCUGAGGCAGGAGGGCAGACACCCCAUCCGGACCGACAUGCCCCACUGGAGGGGCUACAGGGAGCUCAGGAACAAGGCCCACGGACCCCUAACAGAGAUGGGAGCCAAGUGGCAGCGAAUCCGCAGCAUCCUGAACCCGCGGAUGCUGAAGCCGAAGCACGUGUCGUCGUACUCCAACACCAUCAACGAAGUGGUGACCGACUUCAUCAGUCGAGUGGCCUGGCUGAGGGAAACCAAAGGACAGGGCGUCAUGGUUAACGACCUGACCGAAGAACUGUACAAAUUUGCAUUUGAAGGUAUCUGCUCAGUUUUGUUUGAGACCCGCAUGGGCUGCAUGAACGAGGUUAUACCCGAGGAAACCCAGAAGUUCAUCUUCUCAGUCGGGGAAAUGUUUCGGCUCUCCCCUAUCAUUGUCCUUUUCCCCAAGUUCCUCUGGCCCUACUUACCUUCGUGGAAACAGUUCAUCGCCACCUGGGAUCAUCUUUUUAAAGUUGCUGAGAAGUUGGUGAAUAAAAAAAUCGAAGAGAUCCAGCAGAACGUGGACCUGGACAAGAACAUGGAGGGAGCAUACCUCACGCACCUGCUGCUCAGUGAGCAGAUGACGGUCACGGAGAUCCUGGGCAGCAUCACGGAGCUCCUUUUGGCCGGCGUAGACACGACGUCCAACACCAUCUCCUGGUCACUGUACCACCUGGCGAAGGAGCCGGAGAUCCAGGAUCGGUUGUACCAGGAGGUGAUCAGAGUUUGCCCCGGAGACAAGGUGCCGACCAGUGAUGACAUCAACAAGAUGCCAUUCCUCAAGGCCAUCAUCAGGGAAACGCUCCGGCUGUAUCCAGUGGUACCAGGAAAUGCCCGUGUCACAGCUGAAAAUGAGAUCGUAGUCGGAGAUUGUCUCUUUCCAAAAAAGACUCUGUUCCACCUGUGCCACUACGCCGUGUCGUACGAUGAGAGCGUCUUCCCCGACCCCCAGACCUUCCAGCCGGAGCGUUGGCUCAGAGAUGGGGACGACAAGAUCAAGCAGCACCCGUUCGGGUCGGUGCCGUUCGGCUUCGGGAUCCGGGCCUGUUUAGGACGGAGGGUGGCCGAGCUCGAGAUGUACCUCCUUUUGUCCAGGGUGAUAAAGCACUACGAGGUCAGGCCCGAUCCCGCAGGAAAGACGGUGAAGCCGAUCACCAGAACUCUGCUCUGCCCGGCGACACCAAUCAACCUCCAGUUUCUAGACAGAAGAGCAGCGGGGGCCGAGGAGAGAGCGACAGCAUGAGAGUUUUCUCUUGUUUUUUUCCCCCUCACUGAGUUGUUUGGUAUUCAAACCGAGCUCCUAUCGUGUCACCAAGCUUUUGUUUCUGCAGAGUUCACAGAAUGAGCCUUCACUGAGGCAUGCAGCACAGGCUGUAGAGUAGAGGAAGCGCAGCUAAACCGUCUCUUUGUGCAGAUACGAUGGCUUUAUCCUGGAAUUUUGUCUCAAUCCACCGUUUUGGAGAUGCUAACAUUGUUAGCGUGGCGAGUUGCUGGUUCCUCCUUUAAACAGGCUUCCAUCAUUUUAUAUUAUGACUCUAGUCCAAAUGUUUUCAAACAGCAGGAAAGUUCUCACCAUUUUUCUAUUUGGAGCAGUUUGUAGUAGAAACAGGCGCGUUUUCACUGCCUCAUUUCACAGCAAUUUACAGGGACAGAUGAUUUAUUCUUCAAUUCAAGCAUUGAACUUGUACUGAACUUGCUCCCUUCAUUUAUUUUACGAUGCCUUACAUGAAUGUCAAUACCCAAUGAGUUUCUCACAUCACAACCACAGACCUUAAUGUAGGUUUUUAUUUUAUUUUAUGGGAUACAGCUACAAAAAAGAAGUGCAUUAUUGUGAGGUGAAACGUAAGGAACACAUUGCGGAAACGCAUCCCUGCAGAAUAAUACCGCUGCCGCCAUAAGAGACGGCAUCCUCAAAGUGACGUGUGCAGACAGUGUUUAGCAUGAAAGCCAUAAAGUUCAGUUAUUAAUGCUCUCCCUGCUGAAACAGUCAGUUUAAGAGGCCGGGUGUGUGUUGAUACAUUUGCAGUUGUGCCAAAGUCUCUGAUCGUUUUUUAGUUGCUCUGUAUUUCGCUCCACCCUUCUCUCCUACUUCCUUAUCUAUGAAAAGAAUCCCCAUAGUCUGAUGCUGCCACCGCCUUGUUUCAGUGUGGGCAUGCUUUGCUUAGCGCUGCUUCCAAAGCUCGUCACAACUCAUCCCUGCCAAUGUCUGCUGUGCUCCUUGGUCGUCAUGACGCCAUCUGUUCGCUCAUGUAUUCCAACAAACAUCCAGUUAAAUUACACUUGGUUCUGCUGCAGAUCCUCAGUCAAGACACUAAUUCUGAAGACAUUUGGUUGCACUGAAUUGUAUUUGGAGGUAUCAGAGUAAAGGGGGGGCUGAGUAAUUUAGAAAAAAGCGGAGAAAUGGGUCUGGAGCUGUGUAUUUGUUAUUCUUUAAAUAUUAAAACCACCAUCUUGUUAAUCUGUUUACUUUUCAUCAGAUAAUCGCAGCCCUGCAUCUUCACGAAAAGGCAAUUUUGAUGCAUAUAAAACAAGUUGCAUUUAAUCUAACAUAUUGUCACUUUUUUAAAUGUUGCGUUUCUUUGAGCUGUUUUUAGAUGUGAACCAGUACAAAUCUGCAAUGUUUUUGACUGUAAGAUUUACUUCAUAAAAUUAAAAAUAUAUAUAUAUUUUCUUCCAA